AUGUUAGCGGCACAAGGAAGUCUGGCCACUCAGCAGUUCCAAACUUUGAUCACACAUCUGGAACAGUGUGUGAAUGGUGUGCGCUUGUUGCGGAAUGAGGUGAUGACGGUGCACAACAGAAUUGUGGAGGGCAAACUGGACAAUGAUUCGGGUGAUAACGGGAAAACACUGGAGGAUAGGCUGGAGUUCAUCAAUCAAAUCUAUGAGUAG